UGCCUUCGCACUGUACUCUAAAUAUGCCACUUGUAUUGAUUUGCCAUUUCAAUCUGGUUCUUCUACGGAUGGUUCCUGAACCUGAAUUUAUUAAUCCACAUAUAAAGUUGAAGCUCUUUAAAAGCAGAAGCAACCCGCUCGUGUGACGUAGUCCUUUAUUUGUUUAGUCGUGCUCAAACAUCUUCUCGCUGGAACCUCGAGGAUCUCAAGUUUGCUGUGACAGACCUGAGAGGCAGGGCAUUUAACGUGAGCUACGUGUGUACGUUGAAGUUAGCUAGCCGCAGCCUUCACCAUGCGAAGUGCAUGAAUAUUAAUACAAUUAGUAAACCAGGCCUUGCUAAAAGGACGGAAAAGUUCUAACGGGAUUUUAGAUAUUGCCGGGUCGAAUGGCCUCUGUGGUGACUGUGAAGACAGAGAAAAGGUCUGCCCCUGAUGCCAGCAAUGUCAACUCCAAUGCCAAGAAACCCAGGAAGUUGCUGCCUAGCCUGAAGACCAAGCGGGCCCCGGAGCUGGUGCUGGUGAUCGGGACCGGGGUGAGCUCUGCCGUGGCCCCCCAGGUCCCGGCGCUGCGCUCCUGGAAGGGGCUGAUCCAGGCCCUGCUGGACGCCGCCAACGACUUCGACCUCCUGGAGGAGGAGGAGAGCCGGCGCUUCCAGAAGAGCCUGCAGGAGGACAAGAACCUCGUGCACGUGGCCCACGACCUCAUCCAGAAACUGUCCCCGCGCACGGGGAACGUGCGCUCCACCUUCUUCAAGGACUGUCUGUACGAGGUGUUCGACGACCUGGAGUGCAAGAUGGAGCACGCUGGGAAGCACCUGCUGCGCUCCGUCCUGCAGCUGAUGGAGAGCGGGGCGCUGGUGCUCACCACCAACUUCGACAACCUGCUGGAGAUCUACGCCGCCCACCAGGACACCAAGCUGGAGUCCCUGGACCUGACCGACGAGAAGAAGGUGCUAGAGUGGGCUCAGGAGAAGAGGAGACUUAGCGUCUUGCACAUUCACGGCGUGUACACCAACCCCAGCGGUAUCGUGCUUCACCCCGCCGGCUACCAGAACGUUCUGAGGAACACCGAGGUCAUGAGGGAGAUCCAGAAGCUCUACGAGACCAAGUCGUUUGUGUUCCUGGGCUGCGGGCGCACGGUGGACGACACCACGUUCCAGGCGCUGUUCCUGGAGGCGGUGAAGCACAAGUCGGACCUGGAGCACUUCAUGCUGGUGCGGCGCGAGGACGUGGGCGAGUUCAAGAAGCUGCGCGACAACAUGCUGGACAAGGGCAUCAAGGUCAUCUCCUACGGCAACGAGUACGCCCACCUGCCCGAGUACUUCGAGCGGCUGGCCAACGAGAUCUGCACCCGCGACGUGGUCACCAACGGAUGGGGGUCCCCCAGUCAGGCAGCAGAGGAAGGGAAGCAGAACGGGUUUAAUGCGCAGAAGAGUCUCCUGCAAGUCACCAGGUGAGCCUGAAACGCUCCGGUGCCGUCCACAACGGGAAGAGCCAACCCGUGGGAGAGAACAGGACUGCGGGGGACGGGCCGGGCCGGGGCUUAGUGCCGGAUCCCAGUGAGCGGAGUCUUCCCACAGCCCGACACCAGGGGGGUGAACGACCUGCCUUUCCCAAACCACCCCCCCUCCACCUCCACCAGCGGGACCCCGGGCCACAUUUCACCCCUCAAAUUUGUCUGAAGAAAAACGAAAAAAAAAAAAAUCUAAAAGGCCUCAAAAUGAAGAUGACUCGACAUCAGACCGGCUGGGAGUCUGAGAGCUGACAAUUGUGGUCAUUGAACGUUUUAUAUAACACACUUUGUGCAACAGGCCUCCGUUCUAAAGCAGCGCUAUGGUACCCCUCUCUGGAGGCUGUGUGCAGGACUGGGCAGCGCUUCAUUGGUGGGAAUCGGUUCUGGGCCCUGUUGAAAGCACCCCUUCACCCCGCCCCCAAGGCCUCAGGGCCCCUGCUCAGCGCUGCUGAAAACCCACCUGUUCACAGACCUGCUUUCCCAUUCAAAAUCCUGCAUGCGUUUUGCGAUAUUAAAAGUCCUGUAUAUGUUGUUUUGUGACUUGUCUUGGUUUAGAAUGUGUAUUUAUACAAUAUAUAAAAAGAAAAUGAACCUC